UAUGUUCUUAUGGUUAAAAAUGCGGAGACUGUAAUGGAGUAUAAAUUAUAUCUUAUCACACAUUAUUGAGCUAUCAUCACCAAUGAACUGAAGCUUUUAUUCCAUUUCUAUGGGGAUCACGCAGCUAUAUAUAUAUAUAUAUAGCCACCCUUGGGUCCAUUGUACGAUUUCUGGCAGAGGCAGCCAGGCUCUACUCAGAAGAUGGAGAGCAUAUAGUCCUGGUGCAUACAGAAGAUGACAGAUUCUGGGCUAUGGAUUCAUCUUGCCCACAUGAAGGUGGCCCACUUGAGCAAGGUGAUAUUGAGGAUCUUGGCAAUGGGAAACUGGCAUUGAUUUGCCCAUGGCAUGACUUUGAUUUCAGCCUUGAAACCGGUUCCUCUUCUUCUGGACUACAGAACCAAGUGUAUGAUGUCCGAGUACUGGAUGGAAAGGUGUACAUAAACACUCAGAGCACACUGUCCCUUUGUCCUAUCCCAGUGGCAAAAAUAACCCACCAAGAUAAUUUACCAAUGGAAGUAAUCUCAGCCUCUGAAAACACACUUUGUAUGUGGGCCACAAAAAUCCUUCGUACCCCAGAUCCACAGGAAAAGGUUUUCUUGACCAGGAUGGUUCAAGAGAAAUGGAACAGUGGGGCAAUAACAGAGAUUGGGGAGGCCAGCCCUCCCGUGCAACCCAGCAGGAAAGACAAUCUGACAGUUAUGGAGCCUGGAAAAAUCAAACGGGGCAAAGGAGGAACAUUGGCAAGUAGGAUUGCCUUGCUGCACUCACUAGCUAACAUAGAGCAAUGGGCAAUAGACCUCUCUUGGGAUGUCAUAGCAAGAUUCUCCUCAUUCAGACUAACUUCGGGAGAGCCACUACCACGUCAGUUCUUCGAUGACUUUGUCAAAGUUGCAGGAGAUGAGGCAAAGCAUUAUCAGUUACUAGAGCAAAGGAUAAUGGAACUUGGCAGCAGCUUUGGUGCUUUGCCAGUACACAAUGGUUUAUGGCAGUCAGCAACAGAUACUUCCAACGAUCUUUUGGCAAGGCUGGCUAUUGUGCACAUGGUCCAUGAGGCCAGAGGUUUAGAUGUGCACCCUCAGACACUGUCCCGCUUUGCCGCUCAAGCUGACACAAGCUCAGUGAAGGUGCUGGAGGUGAUUUAUACCGAUGAGAUCACACAUGUGGCUGCAGGCCUGAGAUGGUUUACAUAUAUCUGCUCAAAUGAGGGACGGGAUUCCUUGAAAACCUUCCAUGACUUGGUGACGUUACAUUUCAAAGGGUUUUUAAAGCCUCCAUUCAACACAGAGGGAAGGAAAACAGCAGGGAUGACAGAGGAGGUACAGUGGUAUGUUCCUCUUGUCAAGCCCUCCAUUAUACAGAAGACAUCAUGAUACAUCUACUUUCCUAUGAAGUUCAAGAAAACAUUGACUCUGUUGGUGCGUUUUUGUAAAAGCUCUCAGACUCACUGAUCCAGUGUUCCUUGGAAAUAAUGACAAAAAAAUUGUUUUAUCAGCGCAGAUUUGUGUCAAUUGUACAUGCAUGUUUAACACUAUGGGGGACGAGAUGCAUAUUGCAUGUGUUAUCAAAAUAUGUGCAUUCCUUUUUUACAGUAACCUUUGUUUAUUGUGUGUGUGUGUGUGUGUGAGCGUGAGCGCGCGCGUGUGAGAGAGAAAUGAACAUUCACUAUUUAAUCAAAAAACUUUGUUUUAUUUUAUUUAAAGUUAAAAUUGUAUUAAAUUAAUUUAUAAUAGAAAAUUACUUCAAUAUUGUGUUUUUGCACUUCAGUGAUCUACUGACAGAUGUCGCUAAGACACAAUUUUGCAUUUAUUGGAUGUUCUUUUGCUGUAGUUUCUCUAAUGGUUCUCUAAUGGUUACAUUUAGGCUACAUUUAGGUUUUCAAUUUCUUAUAAAGGCAACUUUCAUUGGUGUCUGUGUUCACUCAGAAUUUCCCACAAUUGUAAGGAUUUGAUUACAUUAAAUAUGCAACAACUUUUAGGGGAACGGUUUACAGCAAAUACACUUAUCACUUUGUACUGAGAACUAAUGUUUAUUUGUCUAGCUUCUACGAAGAUUUUGUUCUUGUGAAUUUGAGAGAAAAACAGUACAAAAAUGAGUAGAAAAUGACGAUCUUCCGUCUUUGUGUUUACUCCCCAGACGUGACAGAGUUUUCUGUGUUGAGUCUGUGUCAUUGGUUUUCACUUCUGCUUUUUGUAUUUUUGUGAUAUUUUUUUCCGUUGUGGUGAAGUUCACAAGUAUCCCUACUUGAGAAUUCUGUUUAGUCUCAUUUUUAUAAUCUGCCCACUUUGGUCAUAUCAUACGCAUCACAUAAGUUUUAGCUCUUUUUUAAUUUGUACUCUCAUAAGUAUAUAAAGAAUACAGAUCCUGUGGUAAA